CCGCUAGAGCUUGUGUUUUCAGGCCACAGUGACCAUGUCUGGCCGGGGAAAGGGUGGGAAGGGCUUAGGUAAAGGUGGUGCUAAGCGCCACCGCAAGGUCUUGAGGGACAAUAUCCAAGGGAUCACCAAGCCAGCGAUUCGGCGCCUUGCCCGGCGUGGAGGAGUGAAGCGGAUUUCCGGCCUAAUUUACGAGGAGACCCGGGGUGUGCUGAAGGUGUUCCUGGAGAACGUCAUCCGGGACGCGGUCACCUACACCGAGCACGCCAAGCGCAAGACGGUCACUGCCAUGGACGUGGUGUACGCGCUCAAGCGACAAGGACGCACCCUGUACGGCUUCGGAGGCUGAACUGCCGCUUGCUAGUUACUCGUGUAACAACCCAAAGGCCCUUUUUAGGGCCAACCAUAUAGUCUUCAGAGGCGCUGGGCACUUGUGCGAAGAAUAAGGUCUUGUCUUUCAGUGAUGACAUCGUGAAGAUACAGAUGCAAAGACAAAUAUGAUCCUUCUGUAAAAGCUGAAAAAGACUGUAAUCUUAACGUUGUGAAAGCAAGUCUUCAAGAAACAUAAUUCAGGUAUGUGACUCUCCUGUUAGGGUCAAAGGAUGCAAGACUUGCCCCCUAAGAGCUUAUCAGAAUGGGGGAGAAAAAUAACACAUACAUGCACACUUACAUAAAUGGCUGAACAGCUCAUGGUAGCACAUACUCAGUAUGAUGAGAGAAAUGCAGACAAUAAUUAUAGAGUCCUAGGUCUACAGAAGUCAUUGGCUGCUGGGAAGCAGAAAAGCUUGGCUGUGGAGGUGGGCUUGUGUCAGGCUUUGAAGAAAGAGCAGAAUGCCUGGCACCUACUGAGAUACACAGUAAAGGAAGAGGGGAGAAGGGCAGGAGGACCAAGGAGGGAGUUGCAAGAAUAACAUUUGUGAAGACGUCCAGGUGAGAAAUAAAUAAGAGGACUCAACGUUCCAGAUGUUUCAUUUUCCCUUUAAAUUAAAGCCUCAGCUGCAACUGGCAGCAUUUCUAUUUCAAAAAUCACUGCUUUUUGUUUUUUAACUUUAAAGGCAACGCCAACUGAAUAUAAUCUGUUCCUUACUGAGAUAACUCUGGAGAAGGAGAUGACAAAAGUUGGAAGGGAAAUCAAAUAAUAAAGGAAGGGGGUUGGGGAAACAUGUGCAGUCCAGUGUCUAAACUAGUGGUUCUCAAAGUAUGGUCUCUAAUCUAGAAGCAUCAGAUCACCUGGGAACUUGUUAGACAUGCAAACUCUUGGGCCACCGCAGGCCUCUUGAAUGAGAAACUCUCGGGGCUGAGACUUAGCAAUUUGUAGUUUAACAUAACCUCCAGGUGAUUCGGAUCCAUAUUAAAGUUUGAGGACCACUGGCCUAAGUAACAGUUUUUCUUUAAAUGAAACAAAAUUAUUCAGAAGCUGAAUAUAUAUAUUGUCCUAAUUUGUUUACCAUAAUGUUAAAUUUUGCUUUCUUUGAUGGAAAAGAAAAACGUUAGAUGAAUCACCCUAAUAAAUUUUCUCUAAGAUAAAAAUAUUGCAAGAAGGAAAAGGAUGAAACAGCUUACUUCCUCAAAGCGUUUGGGGCAAACAUAAAAGACGUAUUAUGACUGAAAAAUGCAGUCAACUUGUUUUGCUAAAUAUUCUGGGUUUGUAUCUUUAAUAGUAUAGAAUUUCGUGAUCAAUGGAUGUGUUUCCUAAAUUUCUCUAAGAUCUUGUCCUUUACCCAUCAAUUAUACAUCUUCUUUACAGUGAUUUUAAUACUGAUCCUCGGUCCUAUCUUGUCUACUCCACUAAAUAGUAUUAUGGUAUUGUGUAAAUGGAUCCUAUGUUAGUUGUGUCCAGCCUCUGAAUAUGGCCAGAUUAUGGAAUAUGCCUUAUGCAUCUUUUUGCAUUAAUAAAUGACUUUUUUGAUGUUAUUAUUCUUAACCCUCUGUAACAGUAAUGAAUAUAAUGCGAUUUUAUCUCUGAUCUGCUAACAAAAUAACUUCCUUCUCACUUCCAACCCUGAGUGGGUUAGGUGCUCUCUGUAAGCCAGCCCUGGCUGCCAUCUCUCCCCUCCCUGGGGGAAUUCAGGACUUCCAUUGGAAUACAUGUAAAUGAUUAUAGAAUCCAAUCUGUGGGUCCAAUUCCACUACUAUGGUCAUAGAGGCACCUAAGUGUCCCCCUGGCUAAUCAAACCUCAAAAUGGACCAGUUUGAAGCCUUCCCUUCCCUUUCCAGGCUCCGUACUUCCCUGAAGAGCAGCAUUAUCCUCCCACUAUCACCCAGGCUAGAUGUUCCUAAGCCAUCUUUCACUACAUUCUUAUUUUCUUCCCUCGAAAUCUUUCACUCUGUACUUUAUAAUUCUAGCUAUUGAUAAUAACAUGUGUUAUUCUCUACUUGAGCCAAAAGAACUGAACUAUUUAUGCGGAAUGUUAAUAGUAUAUUUAAAUAUGCAUGGAUGUAUAGAGAAUUAUCAGGAAGAAUGUUCAUAAUAAAAAUUUAUGAAAGAC